AUGGGUGCAAAAUUGGGCCACCCGAAGGUGUCGUCCCGGCACCAAAAAAGGGCCACCAAUAGGCGUGCACCAUUUUCCACAUCCAAGCACCCAAAGUGGCCUCAUACAUUUGUGCGCGGGAAAAAAUAUAUCCAUAGAAGGCGCUCAGAAAAAAAAAAAUACUUACCAUUGGAAACUCACAACAUGCUUCGCCAAUCCAUUGUCAGAGCAGUCCGUUUUAACUCUACCGUGGCCAAAGCUGCCCCAAAGCCUUUGUCGAACGCAUACGUCAACAAGUUGGAAACCAGAUGGGAGUCCUUGCCAAAACAAGACCAAACUGCCUUGAUAGAGGAAUUGAAGGCUAGAAUGGAGUUGCCAUGGCAAGAAUUGACCCCUGCCGAAAAGAAAGCCGCAUACUACAUUUCCUUCGGUGAAUGGGGUCCAAGAAAGCCUUUGUACGCUCCUGGCGACAAGUCUAAGAUUUUCUGGGGUACCGUCGCUGGUUUGGUUGCAGGUGUUGGUUUGUUCGCUGCCAUCAGAGCCAUGGCUCCAGCUCCACCAGUCUCUAUGAACAGGGAAUGGCAAGAGAAGUCGGACGAGUACUUGAAGUCCAAGAAUGCCAACCCUUUUACUGGCUACUCUCAAAUCCAGUAA